AUGUCACUUUUGGGGAGCAUUACACCUUGGUAUGUGGACUAUGCAAACUAUAUUGUGAGCGGUCUGCUUCCCGAUGAGCUAAACCAUUAUCAAAAGAAGCGGUUCCUAUUUGAUGUGAAAAAGUAUUUUUGGGAUGAACCAUUCUUAUUUAGGGAGUAUGCGGAUGGUGUGAUCCGUUGGUGUGUCAUGAAAGCGGAAAUGAUAGAUAUUCUUGAGGUGUGUCACUCCUCUCCAUUUGGUGGUCAUCAUGCCAUCGAUUAUGUCUCAAAGUGGGUGGAAGCCAUUGCUUUACCGAACAACGAGGGCAAGAGUGUCACCUUUUUCUUAAAGAAGUAUAUCUUUACAAGGUUCGGGACUCCAAGGGUAAUUAUUAGUGAUGGCGGCUCUCAUUUUUGUAAUCGGGUCUUCGGUGCUUUGCUUGAUAAGUAUGGGGUGAAACAUAAAGUCGCUACUCCUUUUCAUCCCCAAACUAGUGGCCAAGUUGAAGUUUUGAAUCGUGAAAACAAGUCCAUCCUUCAAAAAACCAUAAAUGUUGGUCGUAUGAAUUGGGAAAGGCAACUCAAUGAUGCUCUUUGGGCAUAUAGAAUGGCCUAUAAAACUCCUAUCGAUAUGUCCCCCUACCAAUUGGUGUUUAGGAAGGCUUGUCACUUACCCGUUGAGUUAGAACAUAAGGCUUUAUGGACUUUGAAGAAGUUGAAUAUAGAUUGGGAGGACGCUUCAAAAUCGAGAGUGAAUCAACUUCAUGAGUUGGAAGAGUUUCGACUCAAAGCAUAUGAGAGCUCCGUGUUGUACAAAGAGAAGAUGAAGAGGUGGCAUGAUGCUAAAAUCUUAAAGCGAGAGUUUCAUGUGGGUGAUGAUGUCCUCCUCUUCAAUUCAAGAUUGAAACUCUUCGUGGGAAAGCUUAGAUCGAAGUGGUCAGGCUCAUUUGUAAUCUCAAAUGUUUACCCGAGUGGAGUUAUUGAGUUGGAAGAUCACGAGAAAAAAAGAUUUGUGGUGAAUGGGCAACGAUUGAAACACUAUCAUGUGGGUGGACUUGGAGCGACUAAGAUUGAGUCAGCCGCUGAUGGGGAGUAUUUCAAAUGCAGAAUUGAAGCCAAGAAACUGAUGGCACUGUCCAGACCUACGCUUGACAUGCUCAAGCAGUCCAAGCGCAGCAGUCUAGGCACAAAAAGAACGCAGAAGAGGCUGUUUUCACUGAAGGUCACUGCAUUGACCUACAUUGGAACUGCUUAA